AUGUCCGAAGAAGUCACUCCUCUUACGCCUGCAGAAAUAACUGAGUUCAACGAAGCCAUGCUUGCGUAUUUGACUCACCACGAUUCAUCAAGACUUGAAGAGCUCUUCCGUUUAUUUGACAGAAAUCAUAAUGGAUCAUUGAGUGAGCUAGAAAUCAAAACAGUGAUGGAGCAAGUAUCAGGGCAUGGAUUUAGUGACCAGCAAGUUCAUGAGAUUAUCAGAUCUGCAGACAAAAACAGCGAUGGGAGCAUUGAUAUUAGAGAAUUUAUAAGUGUUAUGAAGCGUCUAACAGACUAA